CCUGAACAUGCUGGACUUAUCAAUACUCCCUAGUUUGGUACAAACUUUAUACUGUACUUCGUAGGAUUUUUUAGAAUACAUGGACCAAACCAUACCGGCCCAUGCCAACUCCAUUUGAUCAAAUUUCAUCUCUCUGUCCGGACUGCAUAAACUAGAAGAGAAGUUUUUUUUUUUUUUUUUUUUUUUUUUUUUUGAAAGAACUAGAAGAGAAGUUCUUAAUGUUUCUUUUUCUUCUUCUUCUUUCAAUAUAAAUGGACGAUCGAUUUGCAUAUCAGUGUUAGGACAAUUCAUUCGAAUCUCCAUUUCCACCUGAAAAAAUAAAAAAAAAGUACGGAGUGUUAUCAAAAGAUCUAAGGAGGAGAUAGAAUCGCCAUGAAAUUGCAUAAACAGGGGAGCGUGAAUCACAGAAGAGAUGAAGAAACAGCGCAGAGCACCCCGCCAUACUCCCCCAAAACCCUCAAACACCCAAGAUCUCUUCCCAGAUCCAUCAACUAUCUCCUAAGAGAACAGCGGCUUUUGUUCAUCCUCGUUGGUAUCCUCAUUGGCUCCACUUUCUUCAUCAUACAACCGAGCCUUUCCCAUCUCAGCUCCACUCCUAAGGUGCCCAGAUCGCACCCUUUUCAUAUCUCUGAAAGGGAAGCAGUUUCUUCUUAUACCCCUUUCAGGGUAGGUAGCAUGAAUGGCGCCGGGAUCGGCAGGGUUCCUGUAGGGAUUGGGAGGAGGAGGAUGCGGAUUGUGGUCACAGGCGGAGCUGGAUUCGUGGGCAGCCAUUUGGUCGAUAAGCUGAUUAAGAGAGGUGACGACGUGAUCGUCAUUGAUAAUUUCUUCACCGGGAGGAAGGAGAACGUGAUGCACCAUUUCGGAAAUCCCAGGUUUGAGCUCAUUCGCCAUGAUGUUGUGGAGCCCAUUUUGCUCGAGGUUGAUCAGAUCUACCACCUGGCCUGUCCUGCUUCUCCCGUCCAUUACAAGUACAACCCUGUCAAGACAAUCGUUAUGGGCACACUUAACAUGUUGGGACUAGCCAAGAGGAUUGGUGCUAGGUUCUUGUUAACUAGUACAAGUGAGGUGUAUGGAGAUCCACUUGAGCAUCCCCAGAAGGAGACUUACUGGGGAAAUGUUAAUCCUAUAGGAGAGCGCAGUUGCUAUGAUGAGGGAAAACGCACUGCUGAGACUUUGACUAUGGACUAUCACCGUGGUGCAGGAGUAGAGGUACGUAUUGCUCGUAUUUUCAACACAUACGGACCUCGUAUGUCGCUAGAUGAUGGACGUGUUGUCAGUAAUUUUGUAGCUCAGACUAUUCGCAAGCAACCCAUGACAGUUUAUGGUGAUGGGCAGCAAACAAGAAGCUUUCAAUAUGUUUCUGACUUGGUUGAUGGGUUGGCAGCUCUGAUGGAAGGAGAGCAUGUUGGGCCUUUCAACUUGGGAAAUCCAGGGGAGUUCACAAUGCUGGAACUUGCUGAGGUCGUGAAAAAGGUGAUUGAUCCUAGGGCAACAAUUGAGUUUAAACCAAACACGGCUGAUGAUCCUCAUAAGAGGAAGCCAGACAUCAGUAGAGCAAAAGAACUUUUGAAUUGGGAGCCAAAAAUCGCCCUCCAUGAUGGUCUUCCCCUCAUGGUCAAUGAUUUCCGGAAUCGCAUCUUGAACGAAGAGGAAGGAAAAGGAAACUAGUAUGUGUGAAACUGCAUGUAUAGAAAAAGAAGCAUACUCUAAUUUUUCGUGCUUAUUUCUUUGUCUAGUAGUUCAUAUAUUCAUUGCUCCUUCCCUCACACGUCAUCACUCCAACAACUAUAGUGCCUCUACAGGAUUAGGAAUAAGUGUGUAUUGUUUUGAUGUUGCUUUAAAUUCAAAUUUUUAUACCCUUGAAAUUGAAUUGGGUCCUCGUGUUUAUUGACUAGUCUAUACAAACCAUUGGUUAAACUGUUCAAGCUUGUCUUUGAUAUUUGGUUCUCCUUUUAUAUGUACUAGUAUCAAAGAUGUGCAUUGUAUGUGGCCAUGUGGGUAGCAGCCUAGCAGGUGAUGAGGUGGAAAUUACGCAGAUAAUGUCAUGUGUUGUACUGUUGCACAGUUGUAUUUAAUGUGAAAUCCAGCUAUAUUUUGCGUUAGCGAGUUAAUAUAUUUGUAUUUUUUUUUUAUCAACGUCUCAAAUGUCUAUUCUGAUAGUGGUGUUUCCUCUCAUAGAAAUGGAAUUUCUUCCUCCAAAAUCCAAAUCUCCAAUACAAGAUUAAGAGCAUCUCCAAUGGGGAUGUCUACUCUCUUCCACAUUCUUACACACGGGUCCCAUUUUUUAUCUCACAAAUUUUAUGUGUAGGACCUACAUAUCUCCACAUUUAUUUUGUUUUUCAUUUUUCUAUAUCACUUUUAACCCACUUUUCAUCCACUUUUACUCCUCGAUUCCCGUGUAAAGUCUAUUUGUGGACAUUGUCAUACACAUUGUCUACAAUUUACUCCUAUCUCUCUUUUCCUUUUCAUUUUUCAUACACACCACUUUCUCCAUAUUAAAUUAAAAUAAUCAUUAUAUCUCUAUCUCUCUCCUAUGCCACGUAGGAUAGACUUUACUCCAAUCCACUACCCCAUUGGAGA